AUGGCAUCUUACACACCGGACGCAAGGAGCAAAGGCGUUCGUCUACCAAAGAGGACAACCUACGACCAAGAACUCAUCCAUGGAAUCGUCAACCAAACCCCGAUCCUGCACGUCUCAUUCAACGCCCCACCAAAAGAUGGCCCUCAAUUCCCAACCAUACUCCCCAUGCUAGGUUCCAUUGACACAUUCUCUUCCGACUCGGAAGCUCAUCUCUACCUCCAUGGUUCUUCCGUGGCUCGCUUGUUCCGCCUGACAGAAGGGAAGGAGAUCCCCCUUUGUGUUGCGGCUACAAUUCUGGACGGCUACGUCCUUGCUUUGGCACCUUUUCACAACAGCUGCAAUUAUCGGUCGGCUGUUGUGUUCGGCUAUGGAUGCAUAGUCAGCGACCCCGAAGAAGUUCAAUUCGCUUUACGAUCCAUCACCAACAAGUCCGUUCCUGACAGGUGGGAGAAUUCUCGGGCUCCGCCGACAAAGCCGGAGAUCACGGCAACGGGAGUCUUGAAGGUCCGCAUUGAGACUGCCUCUGCCAAGGUACGAAUGGGUGGCCCGAGUGACGAGAAGGCCGACUUGCAGAAUGCAGAGGUCAUAGACAAGACUUGGAUAGGCGUGGUGCCGACGUAUCUAACUCUCGGCGAGCCCAUCGCUGGCGAGUAUAACAAGGUCAAGCAGGUGCCGGAGUAUAUCGCAGACUGGGUGGCAGAUGCGAACUCGAUGGCGGAGCAGAAGGCGAUUGAUGCUGUUGAAGACUAG